ACGCUUGGCCGCAUGGAGUUUAGGUGAACGGGUACCGUUAUACGGCCAUUGAAUUGUCCAUCUAUGCUUGACGGGAUCCUACGUAGAUUAUAAACUCGUUUGGUACGCUUUAAAUACUUGUCUGUCUGAACCUUCUCUGACAUUGAUGGUUUUCCCAUUCUGGAAAUCAAUCUCAGUUUUUUCUCUUCGACCAUAUACUUGUUUAGGGAUUCAAUCUAAAAGCUGGAAAAGAACCCGGUAUUAACUAACUGAUCUUGACUGUUACAUGCCUUAUCGAAUAGAAGCUUACUCACUUCUCUUAGUCUCAUCAUCUACCUUGGAAAUAACUAAUAUCGUCUAUACACUUUGGUCGUACCUCUACGAACGGAGCUAAUCUGAGGGAGUUACUAUUUAUCUCCGUAUAGAGUCACAAGUACCGACAACAUGGCGCCAGCCCCCAUGACUUCAGAGGGUUUGCCGUUUAUAGUAUCCACAAGCACCAAGAAGCCCGACCCCGAGAUGCGGAAGUUCAUCAGGAGCCACGUGAUGAUAGGCAAGAACCUCGGAAAGAUUCUACGGCCGAGGCGUAGCAAAGCGGGUGAAUCAAGCAGCUCGGAGGAGUCGCAUGAUUCUAGGUUAAGGUCGAGUCGGGAGAAGGAAGGGUAUGAUGAUGACGACGACGAGCUUAUCACAUUAACCCCCGUCGUCGUGCCCAGAAGGGUCGGUGGUGAUUUCUCCUUUAUACGGUUCGCCGACACGAUAGAGGACUCUAGCAUCGCCGUCAUAUUAGAGUUCUCCAGCAUCGCGAAGAAAGCCCUCUUCCCCCUCGAAUCAUGCAUAGCCUUCGCCGCGCGGGAAAAAGCCGGGUGGAUGGAAGCCCUCACCGUCGACGCCGCGUACCUGCACGCGCUGGCCUUCUCAACGCGCGCGUACUUCGACCUAAUGCCGAAUGGUUGCACGCCGAGCACGAGCACGGGGCAUCCCGCCUCCGCGUCUUACCGGCACAUGCUCAAGACGCUCCGGCUCCUGCGCGAGCGGCUAGAUGCACCACCGCCGACGGAGCACGACGCGGCGGGGGCGGCGGUGGAGAAGGCCUCAUUUAGCACGGCGGCGGUCGUGCUGUGCCUCGCUUUCCACGCGCACAUGACAGGCGAGCGCGAGACGGCUAGACACCACCUGCUCGGGCUGCGCAAGAUCGUCGACCUGAAGGGGGGACUGGCGGGCCUCGGGAACGUGAAGCUCGUGAUCGAACUGCUAAGAUGCGACAUGGCAAUGGCCCUGCACAACGGCACCCAACCGCUAUUCUUUGCCGACCCGAUCCGCGAGCCGUACUGGGCAUACCCGGACUUCUCUCUGUACGACAUCCCAUGCGACCCCGGAGACGAAGACGAGCCUGUCCUCGCCACCACCACCUGGAAUGCAGAGCUAGCACGCGCGUGGCGCGCGAUGAAGCAGUUCUGCACGCUCGUCAACCGCGCCGCGGCAGCCGGCACCAAGCUCCCCGAGCAGACGCUCCUGGCCGCCAUGGCCGCCGUCACCUACCGGCUGCUGCACAUGCGCCGCGCGCGCGGCGCGCCGCCCGAAGCAGAAGAAGCCGUGCGCGUGGGCCUGCUGGCCUUCUGCUCGGGCGUGUUCCUGCAGUGGGCCAGCGUGCGGCUGCCGUACACGCAUUUCCCGCGCGUAUACCGGGCCACCGUCGUGGACCUCGCGUUGUCCGUCCCCGCCCCAACCCCCAUCCCCAUCCUAGGUACCGAUCAUCAUCCCUACGGCAGCAGCCCCGACACCGCCUCAAGCCUUCCGCGUCUGCUCGUCUGGCUGCUGACCAUCGGCGCCGUUUCCCUGUUCGGCGCAGCCGAUACCGAGGGCUGGCUGAAGCCCCUGCUGCGCGUUAACCUGGAGCGCUGCGGCGUGCGCUCGUGGCCUGCGAUGCGCGCUGUGCUGGAUUCGUUCAUGUGGAUUGGGAUCGUGCAUGAUGCGCCUGGAAAGGCCCUCUUUGAUUCCGUUAUGUCUCCGAGUCUGUAUCUGCAGGCCGUUUGAUACGGUACCUAAGGUAUU